AUGGAUUCCUCCACUAAUGCUCCCUUUGUUUCUACACAAGCGGAUGGUGCUACUGCCACCCAAGCGGAUGGUGUUACUGCCACUGUCACCCAAGAGGCUGCUGCUGCAACCCAAGCUGAAGCUACUGAUGGUGAGUUGCCCCUAGUUCCACCUAGUGUAGUGAGUAAAACUGAUACUGGUAGUGGUAGGAAAAAGUCUUUAGCUUGGAAUCAUUUUGAAAAAGUAAAGGUAGACGAGGGUGUCACUAUGGCUGUAUGUAAUUAUUGUAAAAAAUCAUAUUUGGUUGAUAGUAAGAGUUGUGGUACUGGUAAUUUGUUAGCUCAUGUGACAAUCUAUCCUAAGAAGACUAAUAAAGAAGAUAAAGGGCAGAAAACCUUAGCUUUUGAACCCAAAAAUGAUGGAGAUGAAGGGUUCAAACUUGUGUCAACAACUUUUUCUGUUGAGGCUUCUAGAAAGGCACUAGCUGAAAUGAUAAUAAUUGAUGAGUUGCCUUUUAGGUGUGUUGAGGGUUAUGAGUUUAAGAAAUAUGUAACUACCUUACAACCUAAGCUUCGUCUAAAAGAUAUUCCAUCUCGACAAACUGUGGCUAGAGAUGUGAUUGGAAUUUAUAAUAGUGAGAGAGAGAAGCUAAGGAAAUCCUUGAAGGGUUGUAGGGUGUGUCUUACUAUGGACACAUGGACUUCUCUACAAAAUUUGAAUUAUAUGUGUCUCACAUGUCACUUUAUUGAUGAUGCUUGGAAGUUGCAUAAGAGAAUUUUAAAUUUUUGUCAAGUUGAAGAUCAUAAGGGGGAGACUAUAGGUAGAAAGAUUGAGAUGUCUUUGCGUGAGUGGGGUAUUGAUGGCAUAUUCACUUUGACAGUGGAUAAUGCUAGUUCCAAUUUAACCACAAUUAAAUUUUUACAAAGGGUAACAAAAGAUUGGAAACGGACAGUUUUAGAAAAUGAGUUAAUGCACAUGAGGUGUUGUGCCCAUAUCCUAAAUCUCAUUGUUGGGGAGGGUUUGAAAAAAAUUGAUGCAUCUGUUGCUAGGGUGCGUGAAGCUGUGAGGUAUGUGAAGUCCUCGCCCAAUAGAAAUCAAACCUUUAGGAAUUUUAUGGAGAGGUUAGGUAUGGAGUCCAAGAGUCUUCUUUGUCUAGAUGUACCUACUAGGUGGAACUCAACUUACCUUAUGUUAGGAAUUGCUGAAAAAUUCGAGAAAGUAUUCCUUAGGAUGGACUUUGAAGAUGAUGGUUAUUUAUCAUAUUUUAGGAGCAAGGAAGAUAGUGGUGGUUUGGGAUCUCCUUGUAUAAGUGAUUUCCAAAAUUGUAGGGCAUUUAUGACUUUCUUGAGGCUUUUUUACAAUGCAACAAAGAAGUUCUCUGGCUCUUUGUAUGUGACCUCAAAUGCCUUUUUUGAUGAGAUCUUUGUUAUUCAGGAGAGUAUUUCUCAUUUAGUUAAAUCCCAAAACACCCUCUUGAAAAACACAGCCACAAACAUGCAAACUAAAUUUGAGAAGUACUGGGGGGAAGAUGAUAAAAUUAAUCCUCUUUUGUAUGUGGCUGUGGUUCUUGAUCCACAAAAAAAAUCGAGGUUUUUGAAGUUCUCUUUAACUGAAAUUUAUGGGAAUAAAGUGGGGAAUGUGAUGGUUGAUAAGGUGAAAGCUCUUUUGAUGAAGUUGUAUACUUUUUUCUGUUCUGUUAAUUCCCCAAAUGUGCAAGAACUAAGUGGGGGUUGUAGUAAUGAGGUUGACAAGUAUUUAGCUGAAAAUUGUGAUGGUAGAAGGGAUGUGAAUUUUGAGGUGUUGGGGUGGUGGAAGGACAAUUCUAGUAGAUACCCAAUGUUGUCCAAAGUGGCUAAGGAUGUGCUGGCUGUAUCAGUUUUGACUGUUGCAUCUGAUUCAGCAUUCAGCACUGGAGGCUGCAUUGUUGAUCCAUUUCGAAGUUCUCUCUCUCCUCUCAUGGUUCAAAAUCUUGUAUGUGCACGAAAUUGGCUUCAAGCCACAGUACCAAUUUCUCAUCGCCAAUUAAGGGAUGAGGUUGAGGCAUUGGAGGAGGAAUUUCAUCUUUAG